GCCGGCUGCCGGGGCGAGGGCGCCGGCUGCGGCGGCGGGCGCGGGGCUGCCACCCCGCGGGCAGGCACGGCGGCGGCGGAUGGCGGCAAGAUGCUUGGGAGCCUGUUUUCUUCCUUCGGCCACGGUAGAACUGUUAACAUCAGUGACUACAGCUACAAGUUGCUUGUCCAGAUUGUACUAAUGCUUUAAAACUUUGACCUCCUGGAGAAGUGCUUUGCAGCAUUACUUGGCAUUCAAACCAGCCGAGAUCUUCUUGUUGGGAUGGAUUUUCUUCUUUUUCCUUAGGGCGCUGUUUGCCUGAAGGUACUGAAAGGUUCAGGCCGGAGGUUUUCCUGUGCUCUCCGUAGCUGCCGCCCUGCGCUGCCCUGAGGAGAAGCGGCGGGAAGGCGGGUGCUGCCCUGAGGAGAAGGAGAAGCGGUGGGAAGGCAGGCGCUGCCCUGAGGAGAAGGAGAAGCAGCGGGAAGGCGGGCGCUGCCCUGAGGAGAAGCAGGGCGCCGGGGUGAGUCUCGUCGCGAGGCCCACCCUGCCUCCCUGCGCCCGCCGCCAUGGAGACCCUGUCCCAGGACUCUCUGCUGGAGUGCCAGAUUUGCUUCAACUACUACAGCCCCCGCCGGCGGCCCAAGCUGCUGGACUGCAAGCACACCUGCUGCUCCGUGUGCCUGCAGCAGAUGAGGACCAGCCAGAAGGACCUGCGUUGCCCCUGGUGCCGCGGGAUCACCAAGCUGCCGCCGGGGUACUCCGUGUCGCAGCUGCCCGAUGACCCUGAGGUGAUCGCCGUCAUCGCAAUCCCCCACACCUCGGAGCACACCCCCGUCUUCAUCAAACUCCCCAGCAAUGGAUGCUACAUGCUGCCCUUGCCCCUCUCCAAGGAGAGGGCGCUACUGCCGGGAGACAUUGGCUGCCGCCUCCUGCCCGGCGGCCAGCAGAAGUCCUUGGCGGUGGUGACGAUCCCGGCGGAGCAGCAGCCGCUGCAGGGUGGCCUUCCCGCCGAGGGGGGAGCAGAGGAGCCGGACCGGAGAGGCAUUGUGAAAAGCUCCACCUGGUCGGGGGUUUGCACUGUGAUCCUGGUGGCCUGCGUCCUGGUCUUUCUCCUGGGCAUCGUCCUCCACAACAUGUCAUGCAUUUCCAAGCGCUUCACGGUGAUCUCCUGCGGCUGAGGCGGGAAGGGGGGUCUGCUCCCCCGGGGGUUGGGUUGGGUCAGUGGUGGUGGUGGUGGUGAUGGUGAUGGUGGUGGUGGUGGUGGUGGUGGUGGUAUCGAGCGAGACAAUUCACCACAGCUUUGCCCAAUGACUGCAGAAUGCCGUGCACCGGGGCAGCGGUGCGCCGGCCCGGCUGUGGCCCCCCGGCGGUGCAGCAUCAGGCCUCUCAGCAGCGUGCAGAGAAAAUCACGUCCCGUGUCUGGCAGCAACAGCACUGAGGAGGACUGCAUGUCUCACCAUAAUCAUUUAUCAAAGGGACUGCAAUUUACAGUGAUUUUUUUUAUCGUGUUACGAGAUUAACGGCCUCUAUGUAGCUGGUUAUACUGUAAAGUAUAUGGUAUGAGCUCUUCUGUAAACACAGUAGAUUAAAAUCAAAACUGCUCCAUGUAGAAUUAAAGGAGAAUUGGCGUGUGACUCUGUACGAGGUGUUCAAUACCAGUCCACACAUGCGUUAUUUUUUAAUGGGGGGAGGGAGGGAGACUUGUAAAACUAAGGAAUCAUUUAGCUGGUAAGGCAUUUUAUAUGUUUUAAACUGCACAUUAAUUAAACCAAGUUAGGGAGUUGUACAAUAGUUUUUAAAAGGAAACGUUUUACAAGCAAUCAUUUCAUUUCGUGGUGCGUGUUUUUUGCCUCUCUGUUUUUCCCCAUUUUUUUUCAACUACAGGGAAGUGGCAGUUCCAGCAUCUUUUAUUUGAAGGAGCUUCCAAGCAGGGAAGCAAAGUGGGCUAGGAGGAAUACCUAAAAAUGCAGCCAAAAUACUUCUGCCUAACUGGCUUCACACAAAGGAUGGCUUUGAGUGGUAAACAUUGGACAUGCUGUUUUACUUCCAGUCUGGCAGCAGGGCUUCCUGACGACCUGGCCUUCGUAGCCAUUAGUGAAGAAAUGGGUCAUGAGAAGUCCUAGGACUCCUCCUGCAAGGAUGUCAUAGCAAAUUAUUCUUCUUUUUCUUUUUCUAGAGGUUGGGUUUUCUUAAUUGUUUUUAAAGAAUUUAGACCUAUUUUGCCUCCCUCUUUCCUAGGAGAUGCAACUGUGCACCCGUGGAUGGUGUGACAGAGGAGUUGCUCUAAGGAAGCCUCACCAUCCCAACUGAGACCAAGGACCCUUAUAUGCAAUCAUCUAGUAAGAGGCAGUGACAUAGCUGGGAGGAGAACCCAGGCCAACCUAACCCUCUACUGGGUGGGCUACCCCUCCUAAACCACUGUGGCUGUCCUGGUAUCACAAUGUCUGGGUGAGCAUAACAGAGCAUUUUCCCACAUUUCAGUCUUAUAAAUGUUGGUGUUCAUAAGGACAGAUUUGAAAAAAAACCCAAAAAACACAGGAAGUGUCUCCCUCUGCCUGUGAGUGUCAUGAAACCGCAGCCACUUGCAGUUCACUUCUUGGAAGGAGCCAAAUUCCUGAACCUUCACUGCAGUAGCACCUUGCUCUAAGCAGUCCCACUAGCGCUAGUAGUACUGCUCAUAAGUAAAAUAGAGCUCAGUGUGAAUUUGGGUGUUUGGCAAGUCUGAAAGCUGAAAUUUGUGUGAGAUUUAGGGAUUGGAUCAAGGGGCACGUGACAGACCUUUAAUAAGACAGAAAAAUCUGUUGAUUUGCACUGCUUCUUUUUGCAAGUACAAAGCGUAACCUCCCUGAAGUGUGACCUCUUGUUGUCUACCUACUGCUCUUUCUAAUAAUUAAUUAGAGAUUGCUCAAUGCCAUAUUAUACCACCGGAGAACAUAAUUUUGACUGUGCAGUGCCCAAGUUGGCCCUGUAGACAUCGCUGGUUUUCUGGUUAUGUCACAAAAUCCAGAUGCUGGUUCACAAUAAACGUUCGCAGCUAGGACUUCUGUCAGGAACAUACCUCUAACUUCGUGCUGGAUUUCUUCCCUUCCUUGUUCACAAACCACCAUUUUCUUCCUUGAUUCCUGUUAACUGAAGAAUAGCAUAUAUGGUGCUUAAUUGUUAUGGUGUGUGUUGGGUCAUGUAUGGAGAGGAACCAUUGUGCUGAUUUUUAUCUACUGUCAUAUGUAUGCAUAGCACAGCAAAAAAAAAAAAAUCCUCAGAUAACACAUUCAAUGCCUUUUUUGUGCAAGGCCCAUGUGCAGUAUGCCUUGAACCUGGCUUAUGAGUAUUGUAAUUACACGGACACCUCUCCGCAGCAUGUUUAAUUUGGUUGCAGUAGGGAACAGCAGGUAUUCCAAAAUGUGUCUUGUGAACAUGCUAGUCUCUUGUUGCCAGUAGGUAGCCAGAUUUCCACUGACAUCCAUGCUAUGCUGCUUAUUGUGUACAGGAAAGCCAGUUCACAAAAAAAUCUUGCCUUUAUAAGACUCUUGAGGAAGUGACCAGAUACAGGACUCGACCCUCUACUGCCUUAUCCCCUGUAGCAAUUGCUGGGUGUACCUGGAGUGUAUAGCACAGCUGGAAGAUGCUCCGAGAACAGCGCUGAUGCGUUUUGCACCAGCUUCUGCAUGUGUUUAUCAGAGUUGUCAAUGACUGCACAAAAACGCAAGGCAGUCAAAGAGCAGGUCCUGGAGAUACAGUGCUGACAACGAUAACCUCCUUCCAGCUGUACCUGCCUGAGUGAAGCUCUUGAGGCCAGGGUUUCUCUGGCAUUGCAAAGAACGGCUGUCUUGAAAACUGCCCUCUUCAUCCCUACAUGGAGGGUGCAGUAUGAAAGAGAAAUCAGAAAUUAGGUUAAAAUACCACACUGCAUAACACAUUAUGCAACAGGCAGACCUGGAGUUUAUCCGGUAUUAAUGACGUAAGUAUUAUAUUAGCAGAAUACCAUCCUGUAUUACGUAACAGAGUACAUUGUUUCAUUAAUAUGAAUUUCGUGUACUUUUCGUGCCUGCUCAAAUGCAUGUUUGACCUAAUUUCUGAUCCAGACAUUUGCCUGCUCACAGCCCUUGUGUAAGAGCAAUAAGUAAAACCUCAAGAUUUUUGCCUGUGUGUGCGCGCACGGUGUGUACGUUCAUUCCUUUUUAUAAAUAGGAGUUCUGGAGAUGUUUUUGUUCUGGCUUUAGACUGUGACUAUCAUUUUAAAUUUGCAGCUGCCAUAUCAUGUUGGAUCACCUAGCUUUUUUGCUGACUUGUGUACAAGUGAACUAAAUAGUUUGUUGUAAUGUACAGUGUUAAAAUGUUUCUCAAGUAUGUCGAUAGUCAUACUGCUUUAAAAAUGCAGUGCAGUCUGUCCCAUUCCUUGGUCCAAUACCUGGCAUUAAAAAGUGAUUCUGCUAUAUACACCUUUAACUUUUUUUUUUUUAAACUUUAUUUUUUUUAAAAACAGCCUUGUCUUUGUAAUUUUUCUUUAUGGGGAAAGACAUUUGGACUUGUGUCAAAAUCCGGGCUAAUUUUUGUUCUCUGAGGUCCAGUAAGAAAUCACUGCCCAGUUCCACCGAAAAAAAGAAAGAAACUUACUGUGACACAGUACUGUUCGAGCAACCCAAAUUUAUGCUAAAACUUGUGGGUAAUUACUCAAGCACCUGCAUUUUUAGAGCAAAUUAAUCUGUAUGAGUGUGUAUUUAUUUGCUUGUUUAAUGGGAAGGAUGUGUGUGUUGGGGUCCAGCUUCAUUUUUUUUCCUGGAGGGUCCCAACUUCCAUUUUUGGCUUGUGCUUUCCUGGCAAACAGACUUUAGGGUUCACUCUGUGAAAUUUUGUUUAGUGAAUUUUAAAAAUUCAAAAUAUGCAAUUUGGUAUGCAGGAUUUUUUUAGGAAAUUGUGUGUUCAAUGAUUGUUCAUGCUUAACCAAGAUGUAAAGGAGCCUGGAUGUUUUGUAAACAUGGAGCAAUCAUGAGUCCAAAGUUUCAUCUUUAUUAAUGAAGCUCAGUCUGAAUAAAACAUUAGCAGGAAAAGAAUGA